AUGGCAUACGAACCUCGCGAGUAUGGAGGUGGUCGCGAUCGGGAUCGGGAUAGGGAGGGAAGAGGAAGAAGAGAUGAUGGGGCAACCGGAGAGGGAGGCGGUAAUGAAGGGAGUUUUGUGAGGGGACGAGGUCGUCGUCCUGUCACUGACUAUAGCUCUACCAUGGUUCAUUGGAUGCGAAAUCGUCAGCCAAGGUACAAAGGUGGUUACCAAGGCGAGAUGGAAAGACCUAGUCCGAGCUACAUGAUAGAUAUGUUACCACCAUUAGCAAGACUUCAUAAUGCAGCAGAUUCAGUACCUGGGAGACAUCUACAUUCGUCACUUAAUAAGAUUAAGCAUCCUGUCAAUGUGGUAAGGUGGACACCAGAAGGUCGACGAUUGCUCACAGCCUCCAGUAGUGGAGAGUUUACUUUAUGGAAUGGCGCGGGCUUUAACUUCGAGACAAUUAUGCAAGCACAUGAUGUUGCUAUCCGAGCCUUGUCUUAUUCCCAUAGUGAUGACUGGUUGAUAUCAGCUGAUCACGAUGGAGUGAUCAAAUACUGGCAGCCCAAUUUUAACAAUGUCAAAGUCAUUCAAGGACAUGACGACCCUAUAAGGGAUCUCGCAUUUAGUCCGAACGACUCGAAAUUUGUCACGGCCUCCGAUGACUCUACGCUAAAGAUUUUCGAUUUUGCUGGCGGUGUUGAGGAGUCCACUCUCUCUGGUCAUGGAUGGGAUGCGAAAAGUGUUGAUUGGCAUCCCACUAAAGGAUUACUUGUUUCUGGAUCGAAAGAUCAUCUUGUCAAAUUAUGGGAUCCGCGUACUGGACGAUGUUUGACGACUCUUCAUGGACAUAAGAAUACUAUCACAAAAACCGUCUUUGAACCAGUUCGAGGCUACUGCUUAGCCACUUCCGCUCGAGAUCAAACGGCACGAGUAUUUGAUUUGCGUAUGAUGCGCGACGUAUGCUUGCUUAAGGGGCAUGAAAAGGACAUCUCUACCUUAGCAUGGCAUCCUAUUCACCCUUCCCUCCUAAGUACGGGUGGUGCUGAUGGGUCUCUAUUCCACUACCUGUUAGACGAGCCUAAUAAUCCCCCUGGAACUGAACCGUCUAUAGCUCCUUAUGAUAGCCCGGAUCCUACUACUACACCGGCUCAAACUAUCUAUCCAGCUCACAAACUAACAUACGCUCAUGAGUUUGCCAUUUGGUCGCUUGAUUGGCAUCCUCUUGGUCAUAUUUUAGCAUCAGGGUCGAAUGAUAGAAUCACUCGCUUUUGGACACGUGUGCGUCCUGGUGAUAUUGAUACAUUCAAAGACCGCUAUCACAUUGGCGACUCGGCUGCCGAGGCGCAAGGAACCUAUGAUCGUCGCGGCGGGCGACGUCAACGUCAAGAGGAGGAAGAUCAAGAAGCUGAAGACGAAAUGGAGGGCUUAGUCGAUCAGAAAAUGCCUGCAAAGCUACCCGGUUUCGCCACAGGAAUACCUGGUCUGCCAUUACCUGGUAUGGGAGUCAUUCCUGGUAUGAAUCGUGUUCCUCCUCCACCUCCUCCUAUGCUCAGUGGAGGAAAUAUUCCACCGCCACCUUUACCGGGAAAUUUAGACGCAAAUACUCUAGCACUUAUGAUGAAAGCCGGUUUACCUCCUCCCGGAGCAACGGGCAUGCCACCUCCACCGCCGAUGCUCCCGCCGAACUUUCAGCUUCCACCUGGUUUCGUUGUUCCCCCACCUCCUCCUGGUAUGCCAAUGCCUGGAUUGGAAAAUGCAGAUUUAUCGAGUAAUGGUGGUGGUAUCAGAAAACGAGGACCAUUACCUAGUCAGGAAGAAAGUUUACAGGCGAUGCAGAGACAGGGGAAAUUCAGGCCACCACGAUAA